AAGGGAUAUCAAGAGAGAGAGGGGAGGAUUAGGAAAUAGAUUGCGGGAAACAGCAAGAACUCAAUAAAGUGUUGCAGAUAGCUUGACUGACAGGUGGAACACAUUGGGACGCUUUACUGACGUACCAGAGAAAAGAGAGCGAGAGAAACGUCUGGGAAGGGGCAGCAUACCUCACUGUUGUAGUACAUGGCGAUUUGGAAUGGAAACAAGCAGAGGAAUUUUGGAGGGAAAAAGGGAGAGCGAGGGAGAGAGAGAGAGAGAGCAGAGGAAGGUGGUAGGCAUGAGUUAGGGCCGUCAGACUCAUUGAGGAUCAAGAGAAGAGAGAACCCAUAUAAAAAUACUCAGUAGCAACUGGCACUCACACUUGCACCGUGACAUCUGAUUAACUGCUUGUCGAUCUCAGUUGAAUGUUGAUAACAAGCAAAGGACUGUUAGACUCAGAUCUCAGUCCAGUGCAGAUGGGAAAGAAACAGUGAGAGAGAAACUGACUGUUUCCAAGACUUCCUGAAAGACCUGCAGCGUUGGACAAUGACUACUGAACCUAGAGAACUUGACGAGCUGUGCUACCUCACGGCUCAGUCCAUGACAUCACUGGUGACAUCAGAGCACUUCAAACUCAUCAAAAAGCUGGGAGAGGGGUCGUACGGCAAGGUGAUGCUGGCGGUGCAUCAGAGGAGAGGAACCCCAAUGGCUCUGAAGUUCUUCCCCCGUCACUCCACCACUCUCCAAGCUUUCCUGCGUGAAUAUAAUCUCUCCGUCUCCUAUUGCACACACCCUUCUCUAACCCGGGCUCUAGGCAUCUUCUACUCCACUCCUUCUCACUAUGUCUUUGCCCAGGAGGCUGGUCUCUAUGGUGACCUGUAUGAAGUCAUCGUGUCAGAGGAGGGGGUGAGUGAGGAGAGUUCCCGGCGUGUGAUGUCUCAGUUGAGUGGUGCUGUGUCUCAUCUCCAUUCUCUUGGCUUUGUGCACCGUGACAUCAAGCCAGAGAACAUCUUCUUGUGUGACCGUGCUUGUCGCUGGGUCAAACUGGGUGACUUUGGCCUGGCACGAGCACAGGGGACCAAGGUCCGUGCUGUGUGGUACAAUUCCCCUUUCUGUGUGCCCGAGGUGGAGUGCGCCAAGAGAGUCAGUGAUACAGAGGACAUCUGGAUGUCUGUGGAGCCCAGUUUGGAUACUUGGGCUUUGGGGAUCCUCAUAUACUGUCUGCUGACGAGCUGCUUCCCCUGGGAAGAGACCACUUCUGAUGACCCUUCCUACUGCAAAUACAGAGACUGGUUCAACCGAAUCAAACAGAGAGAGGAGACACAAGACACCGUGAGAGAGGAGAAUGUGGCCCCGCAGUUUGACUCUUUAAGCUCAUUGGUUCUCACCUUACUGAGAAAGCUGCUGAAUCCACUGCCCCGGCUUCGUCCUGGGCCUGAUGAGAUCCUGUCUUACCUCGGGGGACCUUGGUUACUGAAGACUGAGAAAGAGGAGAUGAGGAGAGAGCAGGAGGCACAAGUGGAGGCCAAGAAGAUGCAUGAGAUAGGAAGGGUGGAAGGGGAAAAAGAUAUAUUGGGAAGGAGGGAGAGAUAAAGUUUGUGUUCAAAAGCAAUAUUAUACACAGAUGUACUUUAUUUUCAAGAUUUUAUAUAGUGUUUCUAUUUCGGAAUAUUAUGUUUUUUGUUUGUUUGUUUGUUUAUAUGUUUGUUUGUUUUUUAAGUAUCAAUAGAAUAGUUUUAUUAUGAACUGUAGAAAUUAAAGAAAAUAACUGGAUGU